UAUGGUUCGAUAUUGAGGACGAUAGGAGAGCAGUUACUGCAAACUAUCAGAAUGGACAGCAUAAGAAGUUAUCUAGGAAUGGGAAUCAAGAAGUUCAUAGGAUUCCAAGCAUUUGAACUGACUUAUCUUGGAGUGUUGGCAGUGCUUCCAUUCAUUGUAGUCCAACCAUUCAUUGCCAAAACUAUACUGUUCACAGCUAUUGUCAUUAUACUAAAUGUAGUUUAUCAGAAGCUUACCUUCAGACGAAUAAACACAGAGGAGAAAUAUGUCUUCAUAACUGGUUGUGAUACAGGAUUUGGAAAUGCAGUGGCUCGUCGUUUAUCAGGAGAAGGACUGUCUGUGUUUGCUGGCUGUUAUAAUCCAGAUGGAAAAGGAGCCAGUCAACUUAGAUCAGAGUACAGUAGUAUACAGAUUAUAAAACUAGAUAUAACAGAUGAUAAUUCUGUUGACCAGGCUUUUGCAGAGAUAGAGAAAAAGGUCAAAGAUAAAGGGUUAUGGGCCUUGAUAAACAAUGCUGCAGUCUAUGGUGUUGGAGAUAUUGAAUUCUCUCCCCUGGAUGAAUAUAGACGCCUUGCAGAAGUCAAUUUAUUUGGUCUAGUCAGAGUUACAAAGAAAUUUAUUCCAUUGGUUAGAAAAUCAAAAGGUAGAAUAGUAAACAUAACCAGUAAUAAAGGAAGAAUAGGUAUACCCAGUAAUGCAGCAUUCUGUAUGACCAAAUAUGGACAAGAAGGAUUUACAGAUGCACUCAGAAUAGAAAUGAAGAAAUUUGGUGUAAAAGUAAUAACUAUAGAACCUGGUAAUUUUACUGGGUCCACUGCCAUGCUUAAUAAGAAUAAGUUACCAACAUACGAGACUGAGUUAGAAAAGAUGUGGGAGAGUAGUCCACAAGAGGUAAAACAGACGUAUGGUAAAAGUUAUGUUGGUGGAAUGAUCAAAUCCAUAGCAGACUAUUCAUCCAAGUCCUGUAACUCUAUAGCACCAGUUGUCGAUACUAUAGAAAUGUCGGUUAUAUCUCAAAACCCAAAACAGCGAUACCUUGUGGAUGGAAGUAGUAGCCUGGUAGAUCAAGACAAUCUUUUGAUUCGACUUGGAAAUGUUUUACCAGAACGUGUCAUAGAUUUCAUGGUGGAUAGAGCCUACAGUUCUGAUAAGCUUCUUCCAAAGGAGAAAUCUGCCUAGUAACAGUCAUUAGUUCAAAGGACAAUAUGUCUCAUUAGAGAAAUGCCAUGGAUUUUUUUUUACUUGCCAUAAUGAUAAAAACCAAUUUGCCACUAAGAUCAAACUUGUCAAUAGUCAUAUUUUAAAAAAAAUCAAUAAUUAUAUUUUAAAUUUUUUCUUAAUUUGUGUUUCAUAGUGAUUUGUACAUUUUGUAAUUGUAUUUAUUUAUUAAAUGUUUUCUACUACUGUC